GAUGUGUUGUGUUUUCUACCGUAUCGGUAUAUUUUGUUUUCCACUGUAUCGGCGGCAGCUGAUUUUGAUAAAGACGUGCGCGGUUGAGAUCCGCGUGGUUGUCGGAAAGGAUGGAGUCGGGAUGUGACAGUGGCUGGUCCUGGGUGGUGCUCACGUGCGUGCUCCUCUCCCAGGUGGCCAUGGGCGGUAUAUGCCUCACCGGAGGCGUCAUGUAUGUCAUCAUCGAGAGACAAUUCGGAGAAAACCCUGUAGGAAACUUCUGGCUAUGCGCUAUGCCGUUCACAAUGUGGUUUUUAUCGCCGCCCCUGGGGAGCUUCCUUACCAAUAGGUACGGGUACCGGGUGUGUGGACUGGUCGGCACAUGCGCGGCCAGUCUCGGGCUCAUGCUAAGCUUCUUCGUCAAACACAGGGACCCUCUUUUUGCCACAUACGGCUUCCUCACAGGUUUCGGACUUGGAAUUCACUACACAUCCGGAUAUGCGGCUUUAAACGAUUACUUUGAUAAAUACAAGGUACUCGCCACUGGAAUCGCAUCUAUUGGAAACAACGUGGGCCUUGUUGCAUUUUCUAAACUGAUAAGUGUGUUUGAUAGAAGGUUUAGCUUUAGCGGAACAAUGCUCAUCUUGGGCGGUCUUAUGUUAAAUUUGUGCCCAUUGUCUAUCGCGUUUAUACCGCGAAGAUGUACGCAAAAGGUAAAUGAAAUAAAAGGUUUAGACGAUAAGAAAUGCAUCAAUAUUUUCUUGUUGAAAAACCUUUCUUUUGUAUCGUGGAUCAUUGCAAACUUCUUUACAAAUAUAAGUUUGUCAAUAUAUUUUUUGCAAUUACCAGCGUAUUCAAUACAAACAGGAUUCACUGAGGAGAACUUCAGCAUAUUGUGGUUAAGCUACGGUGUAUCCAACAUCGUCGGUAAAGUAGUAUUCAGUGCGCUUGCCCAAAGUCCCCGAGUGAACACAAUAGUGCUGUACACGGUUUGCCUUGCCACGAGCGGACUGGUUAUCGGGCUGACCCCGGUCUUGCUAACUCAGACGGGCGUGCUUGUGCUCACUGGAUGUGUGGGAUUCUUUUCCUGUGUCACAGGCGCUCUUAUUGCCGCCGUCACUUUCGAAAUUGUGGGCUUCGAAAACUUUGCUGACGGUAUGGGGCUUGUGAUGCCUUUUAAAUCUUUCGGGAAUCUCAUCGGCGGACCGCUAGGAGGGCUUCUUCUGUCUUCAACUGGGACCUAUUCUGUGUCGUUUUAUACGGCUGGAUCCAGUAUGUUGCUGGCAUCUCUCUUCGUCCUCUAUCCAGAACUCAACAAGAGAUUUGGUUUGGACACUUAUCGAUCAAAAAGAAAACUAAAAUCAGAAUUAAGAGUUGAAAAAAACACAGUCGCCGCAAACACGUGUGAAACUGAAGCAUUGACACAGCGGGUAAUAAACAUUGAUAUAAAAAGUAGAAAAUGUAUCGAUGAAUGCAUAAAUGAAUAAAAGUAUGUUACAUACCGUCACAUUUAAAGGCAUGGUACAAUACUUACCAAAUACUAAGGCACACUAAAGGUACGACCGAUAUACAAUAACGGAUGCGACCAACGACAAACAUUGUCGACUUAAGCACCAUUUCAUCGUUUUAAACAAACAUACAUACAUAGUGAUUCUGACGUCACAGGAUUAUGAAUACUGGCCGUUUUCAAAAUAAUAAUGCAGCAAAACAUAAACGUUUUAUUAACAGAUUUGCAAUGGUGUAUAGCAUA